AUGAAGUACUGGCGUAAUAUUACUCCGCCGGAGAGUCCGUCGCCCGAGCAGAGUCUCUACGAGCACCAGACGGGAAUGUAUCGACAUCAGCAGCAGCAGCAGCACCAACUGGAGAGUGCCGAGUUGAGUGGCUCGGAUGAUCUCGAGGUGGGCACAGGGGCUGGACCCAGCGACGAGCACGCUCAGAUGAGCGCUCUCGACGAGGUGCCGCUGCAGUCACCUAGCUCUGCAAACAUGGAUUCUGCCCAGAGUUGGUUUUAG